AUGAACUUUGAAAAUAUUUUGGAACCCGAAAAUAUCAUAGAUUCUAAAGAUAUUAUGAACUCUAAAGAUAUCAUUGAGUCUGAUAUUUUAGAUCUGAAUAAUGAUUUUAUAUUAUCACCUAAGAAUCUUGGUACACAUUGGACAGGCUUUUUGCGUUCAAAGGAGUUUAUAAAUAAUAAAGCAUGGCACUAUAGUGCAAAGUGUACAUAUUGUGAUCAAAUAUUUGAAGAAUAUAAAGAAGCAAUAGCAAAUCAUAUAAUCAAUAGCUGUUGUAAAAUUUCAGCUAAAAAUAAAAUACUUUAUUCUCGAAUAAUUAAAAACAAAUCUGAACAAGUUAUUAAGAGUUCUACUCACAAAGCAGUUUUAAUAACUGAUUAUUUUGAUAAAGCUACUAUAUUAUUAGAAAAAAACUUAUAUUCAAGCUAUAAUCCACCAUCAAGGUAUACAUUAAUACAUAGAAUACUUCAGUCAGAAUAUGCACAAAUAUUAGGUGAAAUGAUUGAUCAAAUUGAGGAAAUAUGUGAUUUGACUCUUUCACUUAAUAGAUAG